AUGAGCAGCCGCAGCAUUCUCAUGGACUUUGUGCUUGGAAGCCUCGCGACCAGCGGCGCGUGCGUCGUGUCGAACCCUAUGGAAGUGAUCAAGACGCGAAUGCAGCUGCAAGGAGAGCUCACGUCCACUGUCACAGCGCGCGCCGCGUCGCCCGCUGUCCAGUACCGCAACUUUGCGCACGCGUUGUACACUAUUGGACGGACCGAAGGCCUGCGGGGCAUUCAACGGGGCCUGGGGCCCGGUAUGUCGUACCAGAUCUUCAUGAACGGUCCUCGACUGGGCCUCUUUGAGCCGCUGCAGCACGUGUUUGGCGCUACGGACGCGGCAGCGCUGUCGUUUCCACUGCGCAAUGUCUGUGCUGCUGCUACUUCAGGCAUGAUUGGUGCGUUCGUCGGCAGUCCCUUUUACCUCGUCAAGGCGCGUAUUCAAGCGGCCAGUUCAGUGGGCAAAGUGAAUGCGCAGUACGCGUACAGUGGAAUGGUGGAUGGGUUCCGGCAGAUCAUCAGGACAGACGGAUUCACGGGACUGUAUCGUGGUGCGACGGCGUCGGUACCGCGUGUGGCGAUUGGUUCUGGAACGCAGUUGGCGACGUAUACGCAGUUGAAAGCGCUCGUGGCUGCAGCAGGCAUUGAAGAUGGAGUGCCGGUUUACUUGGGCUCGAGUCUCUUGACUGGAAUUGCGGUCGCAACGACGAUGAACCCGAUGGAUGUCGUGUCGACGCGGAUUUACAGCCAGAAGGUCGUGAACGGCAAAGGCAAGUUGUACUCGGGCGUGAUAGACUGUAUCAGGAAGACUAUGAAAAGCGAAGGCAUUCGCGGCUUCUACAAGGGAUGGACAGCAAACUACAUGCGGCUAGCCCCACACACCAUCUUUACGUUCAUUUUCUGGGAGGAAGCCAAGAAAGUAGCCGCGCGGUUCGGAUACUAG